AUGGGUUCUCAGGAUGUUCAUGCUUGGGCUGACUUGCCAGCGGCACUAGGAGUUGCGGUACCAAAGCUGAAUGAGCUCUUGAAGACAGACGCGCAGUACCAGGCAUUUGCCAGAACCGACGCCAUAACUCAACCCGUUACCUUUGGAAUCAAAGCUCAUGGCUCGGACAAUACGAUCUUAGUCACGGUGGACAAUGGGAAAGGCUUCGCUGCGACUGGCAGCUAUACAAAAGCAGCUUUCACAUUGUCGGCACUGCCUGAACAGUGGCAGGAAUUCUUCAAACCCGUCCCUGUCGCUCCCUAUCAGAGCUACUGGGGAAUGUUUGGAAUGAAUAUCAAGCAAAAAGGAAUCGAAAUCCUCGGCGACACGGUAGCAUACAACGAGUUCACCCACUUCUGGCGACGCGUUCUAGAAGUGCUCCGCGAGGCUUAUUGCGGUCCAACCCCAGUUGACGAGCAACCGGAGACCGACGAGGAUUAUAUCGUUGGGCGUUACGUGUAUGUUACCGCCCCAGUUUGGGGUCGAUGCAAGGUCUUCUACGAGCAAAGUGGAGAAGGGGAGCAGGACAUUGUCUUUCUCCAUACUGCUGGCUCCGACAGCCGACAAUACCACGGUGUCAUGAAUGAUCCGCGGAUGCGUGCAAAGUGUAAUAUGAUUGCCUUUGAUCUUCCCGGACACGGCCGAAGUUUCCCGUCUACAUCAUAUGCAGCGGGAGCUCACACCAAUACCGAAGAAAGCUACAUUGGCUGUAUUACUGCGGUGGUAAAGGCUUUGAAGCUAAACAAACCAAUCAUUUCUGGGGCUUCAAUGGCUGGCCAGGUCUGCUUAGCCGUAGCCAUUCACGCGGACACUGUCGGUGCUGGUGGCACCAUCCCGCUACAAGGCUGCGACUUCCUAACAAUGGAUAGACAAUGGCAUGAUCGGUCGCCGUUCGUGAACCAGUCUCUCUUCAAUCCUGAGUGGAUUUACGGAAUGAUGUCACCCACAGCACCACUGGUUAACCGCCAGUUGAUAUGGCACCUCUAUAGCGCCCAAGCCUAUGGCAUCUUCCACGGCGAUCUGGACUUUUACUUUGGAGGUUGGGACGGCCGCUCUCGCAUGGCAAGCAUCGACACCAAGAAGUGCCCAGUUUUUAUGUUGACCGGGGAAUACGACUGGAGCAACACACCGGCAAUGGCCCAAGCAACCGCUGAUAAGAUUCCCGGUGCUAAACACAAGACAAUGCCCCAGCUUGGGCAUUUCCCAGCAACGGAGAACCCGGCGCGAUUUGUACCGCAUCUUUUGGAGGCCAUUGAGUACAUCCAGGCCACGAGGAAAUGA